AUGGCGUCACCAAGCACGGCCAAAAUACUUGAGGUCUCCCAUGUCGCUCCUUUUACGGCCUCACCCGAAUCCCCCACCCACUUCAUUCUCCCCUUAACCUUUUUCGAUAUCUUAUGGUUCAAAGUCUCUCCCGUCGAACGUGUUUUCUUCUAUUCUCUCCCUGAAACUAAAGACAGCUUCUUAAGUUCUGUUCUCCCAAAGCUCAAACACACCCUCUCGCUCACACUUCAAUACUUUCUACCUCUAGCCGGGAAACUAACUUGGCCUCAAGAUUCUCAAAAACCAGUCGUUCUUUACACUCCUGGCGACGUCGUUUCGGUCUCCGUGGCCGAGUCUAAUGCUGAAUUUGACCUCCUCGCCUCAAACCAUGCUUUCCAAGCCUCGAUGGUUCGUCCUCUGGUUUCUCCGUUACACGUUACUGAAACAGGGGCUUCGGUAAUAGCUCUUCAAAUCACUGUCUUCCCCCAUUACGGAUUUUCUAUUGGCCUUACUACCCAUCACGCUGUUUUAGAUGGGAAAUCCAUGACGAUGUUUAUGAAGUCGUGGGCUUACUUGUCUAAAGAGAAUCCGCCGUUGUUGCCGGAGCUCACACCCUUUUAUGACCGGACUGCCAUAAUAGAACCAUAUGGGUUUGACACGAUCAGGUUCUUGAAUAAUUGGUUGGGAAAUCCUGGAUUGACGCCGUCAGAUUGUAGAAACAACCCAAAGCUGUUUGAAUUCAUUCAAUUUCAAAGCCAGGAUGAACCCUCCCACUUAUAUCGAGCCACUUUUGAACUGGGCCGCUCUGAUAUAGAUAAACUCCGGCAAUUGGUAUCGUCCAAUUGGGAUAAAACUCAUAUAUCUCCAAAGCCAAAGCUUCAUUUAUCUUCUUUUGUUCUUACGUUUGCUUACGUGUUUGAUUGCAUUCUCAAAGCUACAGAAGGAGAUGAAAGUAAAAAGAAAGUUUUUUUAGGGUUCACAGCUGAUUACCGGAACCGUUUGACACCCCCGGUGUCUGAUAAUUACUUCGGCAGCUGCGUAGGAUUCAAGAUGACUUAUGACAACAUGAGGGGGCACUUUUUUGGUAGCGAAGAAGAUUCGCUUACUGCUGUUGCGGUGAAGAUUAGUGGUUUGGUGAACGAGUUGGGCAAUCAGAACGAUGUUUUGAAAGAAGCAGAAUAUUUGUUAUCGAAUAUGGGUUCAAUAGUGUCUGAAAAAUCUCAUGGCGUUGGAGUAGCUGGGUCGCCGAGGUUCGGCGUUUACAACAUAGAUUUUGGAUGGGGACGGCCAAAGAAGGUGUCUGUCAUAUCUAUAGAGAAUGGGUCCAUUUCAAUGGCGGAGUCUAGAGAUGGUGACGGCGGCGUUGAGGUAGGUUUGGUUUUGAAGAAACAACAAAUGGAUCUUUUUGCUUCUGCGUUCGCUACCGGUCUCAGCAAUAUUUUAUCUAUUGUUUAA